UUCAACUACGUAUGGUGACGUCAUUUCAACAUGGCAGCUUUCGGUGUAACACGGGGUUUAUGGAGGUCUUACUGUUGUGUUAAAGUCGGGGAUCAAAAUGCGCACACGCUUCUGCGGGUUACGAGAAGAUUGUUGUGUGUGUCCGCACCAGACAACAGUUCAACAAAUGUCCCUAAAAGUCAAUUUACAGAUCCAGAGGUUCAAGAUAUUCUGACCAAAAUCACAGGUUUGGAUCUGCAGAAAGUCUUCCGGCCCUUGAAACAGCAGCGAAAGCCACCUAAAUACAAACUUAUGACAGAUGCUGAAUUAGAUGAGGCAGUGCAAAAAGCACAAGGGGAGGCAAAACUGUUGCUCAAGAUGCCCCCGGUCCUGCCUGAGCGAAAGCCCAUAAGCGAUGUGAUUUCCGAAGAUCAGAUACUGGAGGGCAUGGAUACUGCCAAAUAUGUUUUCACCGACAUCAACUUUAACAUCCCACAUCGAGAACGCUUCAUUGUCGUAAGAGAGCCCGGAGGAACACUGAGAAAAGCAUCGUGGGAAGAACGAGACCGCAUCGUACAAGUUUAUUUCCCCAAAGAGGGUCGCAAGCUUACGCCUCUACCCAUCUUUAAAGAAGAGAAUCUCAAGAUGCUCUUUGAACAGGAUCGACACGAGGACGUCCUUAACUAUUGCAUUGUCCAGUUUGAGCCAGACUCUGCAGAAUUUAUACGGGUUCACACGUUGACCUAUGAGGACAUUGAGAAGCACGGGAAAUACGAUAUCCUAAGGUCCACCCGGUUCUUCGGAGGUUUGACCUGGCAUCUGGUCAACGGCCAGCGAAUCGAUGGCCUUCUUGUGGACAUGCUGCAGAGAGACCUAAUGCAAGAUGCAGUGGGGCUGGUGUGUUUGUUUAAUCUGGUUCAUCCUCAGAGCGAAUCUGCACGUCACGCCCAAACUCAACAGGCUACUGACCUGGACCUUCUCAAGAUUUAUGGGGAGUAUGAGUCACAUCGAGCCGGAUUCAUCGAGCUGGCUGUGCAAACAUAUGAGCAGACCAAAAAUGUUCUGAGCACUUCAUAAACACGGACGUGAAACAGAUAAAACUUUUCUCAACCACAGCCAUCCCUUAGUAUAUACAAAUGUAGAACCAGAUGUUGUAAAGCUAUAGAAAAUGCUCUGUUUUUGUAAAUAAUAAAGAAAUCUUUAUAAAAAUAUUGCAUCAUUUUUUUAACAUUCUUUUUCCAUCAUUAACUUGACAUUUCACUCAGCUGUACAGUAUUUGUCAGAUGCGUUUAUGCUACAGAAUAAAUCCCGACAGUGAUGUGACCAGGACCUGACGUGAAGCCCAAGCUGGAACAGAAACCCUUUGCAAGGAAUCCGUUUACUUUUGUUUUAGGCAAGACACGUAACGUACAGUGACACACACACAAUUUGAUUUAAUAAAAAUCUCAUAUAUGAUAUUAAAAAGGCAUUUUUAUCUUUUAUUUAUGUGCAGCCAGGAUUUAGUUUCUAAUUUAUUUUUCUGAAAGACGGUCAGUUUUUUGACGCAAAUCACUUAAUUCGCAUUUGGUGUGAACCCAGCAGUAGGUCAAUGUACUGGUAUUUGCGGCUUUAUUUAAUGCCCCAAUAAAGCAUGUCUUAAACCUUGUGCUAGUUUGCGCUGCUCUUAGGAGAUUGUGUUGGUCAUUAUGGGAAAGAGAUAUUGCGCCUGUGUUAUCACUCCCAUCUGCGCUUUUUCUGAAAUUGCGCUAUUUUGCUGACAUCAGCUUGUAUUUAUUUAUAUCGCUUUAAAUGUAACUUUCUGCUCAAUUUAUUUAUUAUUCAUUAUUACAUAUAGGUAUUUUUCAUAUUUGACCUGUGUUUCUCUCUACUUUAUCUUAAAUCUGUGCUUCUCUGUGAUCCAAGCUGUGUGUGUCAGUGCGUGUGUAUUUUGUGUUCUGUGCAU